AUGGUCGCAAAUGUUACCUCGCUUUACUCACGUGUUGCAGCGGUAUGUGCAGUAGCCUUCAGCAUUGCUUUCUUGAGUGAAACUGCUCUCACGCCUCAUGGCUGCCUGGACGCAAGGGAUGAAGGUGCCAGAGAAUCGCUGCUCACUGACGUUGUUGAGUGGAUUUUGUCUCUGAAGGGCCACGUGCUGCUUGGGGGUGACUUGAACACUGAAUUGCAUGAAUCGCCAGCUUUGCUCUUCCUUGUGCAACGGGGCUAUCGCACGGUGAAUGGCAAGGGAGCUGUUACGUGUUUGGCCUCAGGUUCCUCACGUGGUUCUGUUAUUGAUCAUCUCCUGGUGUCACCUUCUUUGUGGCCAGCGCUGCAAUCUAGUGAUGUGCUGUCGGAGGCACCUUGGCCAACUCAUAAACCAAUCUUUGCAGAGUUUGAAGGCACGGCGGUCGUUGAUACUUGGCAUACGCUCCUGCUGCCUCGACCUUUUCCCCUGCAGGGAUGUGUUCCCACCACUGAUGCACAUGUCGUCUAUCAGGAAGAGUUUCGUGCAAUCAGCUCCUUGACCAAGGCGGGUCAGCAUUGUGUUGCGUAUGAUGCUUGGACGGAGCUUGCGGAGCGAGAACUCAUGCGUCAAUGUCGGCGGAAUGCUAAGGAUGUUAGUCGCACGUACUGUGGUCGGGCUGCGCCUCCCAGGCUUAGGCAAUGUCAGCUCAAAAGUUCUGGUGAGGACAUGUGUCGCGAUGCAUGCGAUAGAAGGCUAGAAAGGGUGAGAUCUGGUCUUGCUGAGUUGUGUGCGUGUUGGGAUGUUUGCGUGCGUGAGAACACGCAACAUGCGCUGUGGGCAAAUGCGCGGCGCCGCAUUCUGCUCGUGGGUGCUCCGCUUGGGGAGUGUCCCGCUGAUCUACCGGAUCGGGAUACUGUGAAGAACUGGUUGACCUGGGUUCGGGCGGAGAUUGAGCGCCGCAAUAAGAAACACAGGUAUCACGCAGUUCAUGACUGGCGUGAGCGCCUCAAGUACUCACAGGCUGAUCGUUUCGUGUGGGCAAAGGCUGACCUGAUGUCUGACCCGGGCAAUCUUCGCCCGAUCUCAGUCUGGCCCAUGGUGCAAGCAUCGCAGUAUGCUGAUGACAUUCUGUUGAUGUCGCAUGAUGCAAGCAGCUUGCGUGAUGCCAAUGGGUAUUUGGAAGGGUGGAUGCGCAAGCAUGGCGUGCAGUUCAAUGUUGGUAAAUGCCAUUAUUUCUGCACGGAUGCUAAGGCUGCUUGUGAGGACUUUUGCAUCGGUGGCAAAAGACUUGAGUGUGCAAACCUUCUGGAAAAUCUUGGUGGCCGGUUCCGGUUAAAUCCGGAGGGUUUACCGGUUGCGGAUGAACAGCACAAAAACCGAGUUUAUGAUCGCUUCAAAGAUGUUGCUGAGCGGUUGGGACGCCUCUCGGUUGGUUGGGAUGUCCGCGCAGCGGAUGUGAGGGCCAUCAUGCCCAUGCUUACUUACUCGGCUUUGGCAUGGGACCCUGCUGAGUUUUCUGAUGCUCGUAGACAGCGCCUCUUGGUCAAUGUGUUAUCAGGUGGUAAAGAGAACACACGUAGGUGCGUGGAGGUGUCUCUUGCGGUGCUCAGUGCCGUUCACCGCACUUGCAUCCCUGCUGCGCUGCUUCAUGAGCAAGUUCUGAUCUUGGGACGCCUCAUCAAUGUCAGCGCUGACUUCCGACGUGAAGUGCAGGAACAUUUUCGUCUGUGUAGGGACAUGGAAGUGGCACCUCCGGGUUCCUUCUUUGCCACUUUCCAAGCAUCGCUUCGCGAGUAUGGUUGGCAUUGGUUGGAGUGGAACACGCUUACCAGCCACGAAGGUGUUGAGUUCUCGCUUGCUGGGGACACUCUUGAAGCUAGAAGGGUUCAGGUCUGUGCCGAUUUCGGCAAUGCAACCCAAGCGGAUGAUCUCACGCGGCUUGUUGAGGCAAUGGCGCAGGGUCAUCGAAGCAUGUGUGAUUGGUCUCUGUUGACUCAUUCCCUCCGCGAGGCCAUGCGACAGUGCAUGUGUGCUAAUGCGGCUCGCAGGCGGCGUGACAUGAAAGGUUUAGUCGAGGUUGACCGGGACAGGCUGCGGACUCUGUGGCAGAAGGUACCGGAGGCUGAUCAUCCAACCCUGCGCUUUCUGAUGCAGGGUGCAGCGAUGACGGCUGACCGGGAGCACCGCGGCACUAAGGGGCUUGUGUCUCCCAUUUGCAGUCAUUGCGACAUGGGGGUAGUUGAAGAUGAGCUUCACCGUUACUGGCAGUGCCCUUGUUGGACGGAGAUUCGGCGUGAAUGCUUGGGUGAUGUCUCAGAUGAGUUGUGUUCUUCGAUCAUUCAGCUGCCGAGUGCAUCGUCUGUGUGCGCCAUCCCCGUGAAGCAACUUCCGUCGAAGGUUCGUGCUGUGUGGCCGGGCAUUUGCUCUUGCAUGAUCGCCAUCCAUAGGAGAGCGACUGCCGCUCAUGGCAGGUCUGAGUGA